GUCUCUCACGGUUAGUUUCCCAGCAGGACCAGUCCCUGUCAGACUACCUCCACACUCACUCACACAUUAUUAACACACACCCCUGCUCGGACAGCAGCUGUGCCCACCAACAACCAUGGCUGUUCGGAGAGGUUCUUACCUGUUCCUCGGACUUUUUGUCACCUUUUCCACCUGGGGAGUGUGGGCUUAUGUGGAGGUGAACAUGGAGGACAGAGUGGAGGUGUUCAAGGGUGACAUGGCUCAGAUCACCUGCUUUUUUAAUUCAUCUGAAGGCCUGGGGGGCACAAUAAUUCAGUGGUUCUAUGUGACACGAGGAACUGAGAAGCAGAGAAUCUACUACCAGGACUCUGGCGUGAAUUUAUUGGAACAGGGCACACCGUUCACAGGCCGGAUCAGUGUGAACGGGACUGGAGCCACAGGAGUGGUGGUGCUGACCAUCAACAAUGUGCAACUCACAGAUGAACUGGAGUUUAUCUGUCUCAUCAGGGGUCUGACAGAGGGGGUGGCAGAGGGACGCACAAAGCUGAAAGUCUUCCAAACACCUGAAUUACCAGCCAUUGAGGGAGUGCAAACAGGGAUCUCAGUGAACAAAGACAGUCCAGUACAGGUUGGCAUCUGUGAGGUUAAAAACGGAUUUCCAAAGCCAAACAUCACUUGGUACAGAAACGAAACACCACUACAGGACAUACCAGGGGAGGUGGAUGUAGUUCCUACUGUCACAGUUGAAUCCAGUGGUCUGUUCUCUGUGAAGAGUAAACUCAAUCUGAAGGUGGUGAAGGAGGACAAAGAUGAUAAGUUCUACUGCGAGGUUACAUACUUUGUUCCUGGAGGAACCAGGAUGACUGAGACUGAGCGGAUCAGCAUCCCUGUAUACUAUCCUCCCACAGCUGUGAAAGUUUGGGUAGAGUCACCAAAAGGAAAAAUCAAAGAAGGAGACUCUGUAGAGCUUCAUUGUCAAGACAAUGGAAAUCCUCCUUCCGCUAUUAUUUCAAUCAAGCGUUUGGGAGAUGAUGACUCCUUUGAUACUAAUAUCCUGAAGCUUAAUGUGACCCGUCGGGACAGCGGGGUUUAUCAAUGCACUGCUUAUGAUGCAGAAUUUGAACCCUACCAUGGAAACACUACUGUGUUUGUGAACUACCUCGACGAUGCCGUGGUCAAACCUCAAGAAUCUGUUAUUGUGGAUCAGGGAAAGGAUGUGACAGUGACCUGCAACGCUCUCUCCUCUCUGCAAACACAAACAGUCUGGUUAAAGGAUGGAGUGGAGGUUUCAAAGGGUCACACUUUGACUGUGGAGGACGCUUCGUUUGACAAAGCAGGAACGUACGUUUGUGUGGUGACGGCUCCUGAGAUCGAGGGGAUGGAAACCAGCGGGUCCCUUCAUGUGAAUGUCAAAGGUUCACCAGAGAUCUUGAAGCCAAAAGAGACAGAGAUGGAGAGCUAUGAGACAACAGUCGACUUGAGCUGUGAUGUGAGAGGGUUCCCAACUCCUGAAGUUAUCUGGAGCACCUCAGAUGCUCAGGUUCUUGACGAGGUUAUGCAAAUGGUGAUUGAUGGUGGGAUUCAGAGCAGGGUCAGCGUCCAGGUCACCUCUGACAUCACUGCCACCUGCAGCGCCUCCAAUGAGCUUGGCAAAGACAGCCUGACCUUCAACAUUAAAUCCACUGUUAACACCACCCCAGCACCAGUAACUACAACUACAAUCAUUACUACACCUACCAUCACUACUACUACUGUUGCCUCAGGUACAGUCAAAGCCCAAACAGCAAUACCACAAGAGAAAGACAGGAAAGAGGGCAGUGGUGUCAUCAUCGCAGUCAUCAUCAUCUGCAUCCUGCUGCUGGCCAUCCUGGGCAGUGUGCUCUACUUCCUCUACAAGAAGGGCAAAAUCUGUGGAAGGUCUGGCAAGCAAGACCUCACCAAAGAGAAGUCGAGCAAAGAUAACAUAGUGGUGGAAAUGAAGAGUGACAAUACUGAGGAAGCUGUGCUGCUUGGUGUUAACGGGGAGAAACAGCUUCCCAGUGACCAGUAAAGGGCGGUGCAUACUUGGACAUGCAGAAGUGAGAAGGUGACAGCUGCUCCCAUUCUUCCCUCUCAGACUCAGACUCACCGCUGCCUUCGCGCUUCCACCACAGGUCCUUUUCCCAGAGUUACUUCAUGGAAAUGCUCGGCUUUCCGCCCAUCACCAGGCUGCUGCUUUGGCUUACAGCGCCUCAUGUCACAUUUCUCUACGGAAUGCAACCCGAACUUUGACGAGAGAUGAUUUGAGCAUAACUCUGCUACCAAAUCUGUCCUCUGGGGUUGUCCUUCACAUGAGCCUUGUAUACUGCUGAUUGUAGAACAAUAGUUAGAACACAACACGACCAGGGACUGUUUUUAUAUGCGACUACACUUCACCUCAGGCACCAUGAUCACUGAAGAGCAGCCUGAUAUAGCUCUUUAUCAAGUGUACAUAUUAUAAUCUAUGUAUAUAUUUCUUUAUUUAAAAUAACACCUAAAAAGAGGAGAUGACCAGACAGUGUUUGAUUUUGUUUGUGUGCUUUUUAUGAAACAUGUGUAUCUUUUUUGUUUUUGUUGUUGGCGUUUCCAGUUUUGCUAAAGUCUGUACACUGAAUUUUUUUGGGAUGCUGGGAUGCUCCCCCCUUUACAGCCAGUUCCAGCCUCACCAAAAUCUUACCUUUUUGCUUUGGAUACACAUUCAAGUCAUUUUAGUCACAUAUCGGUCACAUUUGUAAGCUAACACUUACUGUUACACUCAUGUUUGUCUAGAUUUAAAUUUGUAGCCGAUUCGUCUUUUUACACAACAUUUAAGUUUGUUUUCUUGACUUUGUCUCACCUCUCCUUCUCUGUUGUUUUUUUUGAGUGUGAGCAUUUCAAACAGCCAGGUAAAAAAGUUACAGUUGCCUUAAAAGUUUCAACCAAAGCCUGUUUCAUUAGCAAAACCAGUGUUUUGUAUUGCUAGUAAUGUUUUUAUUUAAUGUUCUGUGCACUGAUUUCUUUGUGGUUCUUUAUGAAUAUGAGUUUCUCUAAUGUGAAACCAUUUUUUUUUAUUUUUUGACUUUCUGGUAAACUUGUGUUCUGUAGCUGUUUUUAUUGUUUCAUUUAUUUCUAAAUGAGGUAGAAUGAGGGUAGAGCAGAUUAUUGGUCCAUGAUAGAAAUGGUUCACGGCAUGACGUUUCCCUCCUAAAUAGACAAAGAUGCAUUUCUGUUGAGUUACUUUUUGUUUUAACUUUAGUUUUGUAUUGUCUGAGACAUUGUGAGUGAGGUAUGUGAUUUCUGAGGAGGAGGGGAAGGUGACUGUGACGCCAUGUAUGCAAAUAAAGACAAUCAAUAUGUGCAGGUAUUAUACAAUCGUACCCUUUCCCCCCUCUGACAGUCUGUUUUUCUGCUGUUUUUUUAGAACUACCAUUGUUUAUUUGUUUCAGAUUUUUAAAAUCUUUUAAAUGCCUUUAAUACCUUGCAGUUGUAAAAUGUAAAAACAAAUGUCACUGAUAAAAUUCAGGAAAACACCCUGAAAAAAAUCACUGUAGUUUUUUGAAAUUAUACCAAAUAAAGAUUGACUGAAAAAUAAAAAGAGCUAAAAUGUGUCCU